UUGUUCCUAUUUUAUAGAUGUUCAUACUAAAUCACUUGGAACGUUAUCAACAUUUCUUUUAAGGCAGUAUUUUAUACAAAUUAUUUCUAAAAUUGAUAGAACUUUAACAUAUUUGUUCAAGCUGUAAAACACUUGAACUACUUGUAUGAACCACUUUCAAGUGAAGUAGUUACAGUUUUCCUUUUGCAUUUUUGUACUUGUCUUGAGGAAACUUCUUAUUAUAUAAUCAUUUCAAGUUCAUAAACAAUUAGGUCCUUCGGAAUAGACGGGGAUUUUUUAAUCAGGACGCCAGAAGAGGAAAAUAAACAGCAUGAUAUAAGCACAAUGUUUGUAGAUGUUUUAAAAGCAGUGAAGCAGUACAAUUCAUGAUUAAUUCUGUCGGAAAAUAAAAACUUCCGGAUCACCAUUUUAUUCAAAUGUCGCAUGCAGUGUUUUUCAUGCGCAUGAUGGAUAGCAAAAGAUUUGCGUGUUUAUGUGUUGUCUUAGUUGCGAUACACAAUUCUGUUUAUUGUUGCGAUGAAAAUGUCCGCCUUCUCGACAACUUAGAAUUUCGGAGUUCUGAUGUACCUCUCAACUUCAUGGAUAAAAGUCGCACGGUAAAUGAUGUCAGCCUUUCAUCGAGAUGGUAUAGUGCAACGCUUUACGGUUGGCAGUACCUUAUGGCUGACUCUACCAAUAAACCAAGCUUCUUGGGAUGUUCUACAUACUGGCCUAUCUAUUUAAAAGAAAAACAUGUUCCAUUGAACGAUCUUGGAGAGGAUCCAACUGAUGUUAUUGCUUGUGUCCUUAGUGCCCUCGAUGCCCUUGGCCUAUGUAAAACAAAGUAUAACAUUCAAAUAAGAAAAUGCAACGAUGAAAUUCAAUAUAAAUUGAAAUCAACUACAUGGCUGAGUGGCUUUUGUUUCGAAAAGCAUAAGUUGCUCAACAGAACUAACACCGUUUCCAGCCCCAGAAAAUGUUGACUUUGGAACAAUUACAGUUCAAGACCGGAUUUGAAUUUU